CACGAAAGGGGGGGCGGGCGGGGGGGUGCCGGUGGAUCCAGUUGCAGGUGCUUUGUGGCUGAAAGGGGAGCCCGCCCGCCACAGCCACCACCUGCCUUCCUGCUGACUCGGCUCGGCCGUAACGUGAGCCCCGGAGGCAGCCGCAGGGCGCCCUGGGUCCCCCCACCCCCGGCCACCCUCCGGCCGGCACAGUCGCCCCGCAGAGCGAAUGCAGGAUGCUGCAGCCAGAGGGUCCCCCGGCCUCGGAGGAGGGGAUAGCCGCUGGGAUCCGGCGAGGCGACUGCAUCAUCUGCUACUCGGCCUACGACCUGGCCGGGCGCCUGCCCCGCCGCCUGUACUGCGGCCACACCUUCUGCCAGGCGUGCGUGCGGAGGCUGGACGCGCCCGUCCACGAGCAGCGCUGGAUCCCCUGCCCGCAGUGCCGCCAGAGCACCCCCACGCCCCGCGGAGGGGUGGCCAUGCUGGACCUGGACCUGGCCGCCUUCCUGGCCAUCAAGGCCGAGCGGGAGCCGCCCCGCGUGGAGCCCCGGCCCCCUGCGCCCCUCAAAGGCGGCCCGGCGGUCACUCGGCAGCCCGCCGUGCUCUGCCCCCCGCUGGGCCCCCAGCCCCGCUUCCCCCAGCCCAGCUGCUGCUGCUGGGGCUGCGGCCACCUCUGCUGGGCCCCCCCGGGCAGCCCCGGGGUCUGAGCUCCGGCCACGGCGGCCCCUGGGACAGGGUGGCGGCUGCUGGCAGGGCGCUGGCCUCGGACCCUCCGCCGGGGCGCAGCCCGCCCAGAACAGCCUGGGGACCCAGGGUCCCGGGUGCCGCCCCCCACGGACACCUGGGCCACAGCCUGAGGCCGGGGGCUGUGGCCACAGGACCGUGAGGCUCGCCAGGCAUGGUGACUGCCCGGCCCAUCCGCAGGGAUCCCAGGCCCCGAGCUGGCCUGGGUGCAGGGGUGGGGGCUGCUGUUGGAGUCUGUAGCCCCGCCCAGACCUAACUCAGCUCGGAGGGUCCGCCGGGCAUCCCGGGCCCCCAAGCCCGGCCCUGCUGAGCGCGCCUCUCCUCCCUGACCCCUCCCGGAGGUCCCGGCGGGCGUGGAGGGGGGGCCGCCCCCUGCGUCCCUGGCCCACAAGGGAGUCUGGAGUUUUCACUCAACAAGCUCAUUGAACCCCUGCCCCGUGUCUGCUCCGUGAGGGGAGUCCCAACUGGGACAGUGUCGGAGGAGAGGGCCAGGUCCAGGCCCAGGGAGGGCGGGCACCUGCCCGAGGUCACACAGCCCAGCAGGCCCAUGCCCACCCCGGGCCUUGCCUGGCCCUCAGCUGCCUUCUGCCCCCCAGUGGCCACACACAGACCCAGUGGAGGGGCCACAGCAGCUGCUGGCGGCUAUGGGCCCAGACACCCCCAGGCUGGGCUACCACAUUCCCACACCCCCGCCCGGGGGAGGAGCUGCACGCGGAGCCCCGGGAGGCACGCCAGGCGCCCGGGUGCUGGGUGGCAGGCAGGGGCGGGACACGGGAAUCUGCUGAGAAGACUCAGAAACCUGCUCCGCUCCUGGGCAAAGUCCCCCAGCUCGGGGAUUGGCGGGCAGGGCAGGUGCGGGGCAGCAGGCCCCUGGGGAGGCCUGGCCUGAGGGAGCUGAAGGGGAGUGACCCCAAGAGGAGGCACCCCACAAGCGAAGGGGCCUGUCAGGGCUCAGCUGUGGAGAGAGGGUUGGGCCAGGCCUCGGGGUCCAUGCGGGGUCGGGUGGAGAGCCGGGCCAGAGCAUGGCCUUGGGGGGUGCCCCCCCGCCUCCCUCCGCUUGCAGUUGGGGAGCUGACACCCUAACCGUUGCUGGCCACCCCGGACCCAGCCUGCAGAGAGCUUGGCCCAGCCCGGCCCGAGCCAGGUCUGAACCGAUGACCCCAGGCCGGCCCUCCCCGCCCGACUAGUACAAAGGGCUUCCCUCCCACCAUCUGCCGGGCAGGGACAAGCCGACCCAGAUAAGGUCUGAGGGCGCGGGCAGACCUCCCCAGGCCCCCGGGCCCCCCAGCCAGCGCUCAGCACACCGCUCCGUCCCGGGCGGGCAGUGUCCCCGUCACAGUGUCACCCGGGCACCGGCUUGUGGAGGGCCAGCACGAAG